AUGGAGAAGGCUGCCUUCGUGGAUCACUAUGCAGUUCUUGGCUGCGUGCCAGGAAUGCCACUCAGCAGCCUGGAGGCUGCCUACCACCGCAACCUGCGGGAAGUCCAUGCAGGAGAGUUGGAUCUGCCCCAGCACAAGCUUCUGCAGGCCAUGCACGAGGCGUGGGCUGUGUUGCGGUACACGAGCUCUCGGCAGGAUUACGACAAGCAGUGGCUCAUGGAGAAAGGAUGCCCAGCGGCAAAGCCUUCGGAGGUGAGAUCCUUGGGUCCCAUGGGAGCUGCGCUCACCGCACGACGCUUCUGGAAAGAGGGGUCAAGAGAAGCGGCACACGAUCUUCUCGAGCAAGCACUCGACUGCUGGCCCAGGAGCCAUGAUCUUCUCGGAGUUCGCGCCGAAUUCCAGAGCCACGGCAUCAGCGACCCGCUGGAAGGGCGCGAGAAAGUUGUUGCAGCUGCUCCUGGCAAUUCGCUGCCAUGCAUUCUGCACUCUUCGACAACUCGAAGGGACUCAAAGUCUGCUCUAACUUCGCGACCCAGCACACCUCUGCCAGGUGAGAUGUGCCAGACACGCCCUGGAACUCCGGCCUCGUCCUGUGGGGCGUCGCCGCUGCCUUCCGUGUCUGCUUCACCCGCCGUGUCGCCUCGGAGUCCCCGGCCACCAUCGGCGGCACGCCGAAGGCCCAGCACCGCGAGCAGAGGAGCAGGCAUGCGGCGGCCAAGCCGCCUACCCGUGCCUGUUCUCACUUGCGACAACCUUCGUUGA